CUCCACACCAGCUCCCUGUGUUUGAACACUUCAACUUCACGGUGGUCUGCCAGCCUGAGCCAGCACAUGUCGCGGGUCAGGAGCACUCUGGACACAGUUUCAAAAGCUGUGAGUGGGACCCACACAGAACUUCGGUCCAAAAUCUCUCGCCUCAGAGGAAAUACUUUAAAGGCCGAGAAACAAGCUGAAGUAAGCAUGAAAUCGCCACAAAAAGCUGAGGAGAAUGUAGUCUCAACCACUAAUAGUCCUCUGCAUUCUGCAUCUACUGCGCCUCAGCUUAUCGCACAGUCACCUCCUGCGUGCCCCGAUUUUCCCUCUUCUGCUGCUGCGUUGGAUGCAAGGGCCACUACCUCCACCUCUCCCAAUGCUUCCACCCAGGUGACCAUCACAGCUGCAGCCGUGACUGUAAGUGAAGACGAGAAUAAAAAGCAGAGACGUGUCGCUCCUGCUUGUCGUGCCAAAAGGAUGGAGGAGCUUCCCACAUUACUUAAAGACGCCGAGAGCAAGGGCACAACUCUCAAAGAAGCUCCAGGCCUUUUCCAUCCUAGCUCCUUGCCGGUCAACCUGGAUGACACUUACACCUACCUGGCUCAUCACAUCAACUCCUAUUUUGGCAGCAGCUCAGAGACUCUGGACAAGAAAGGGGAGAGCGCGGACCCUUCCUCCUCCCAACACGAACAAUCCUCGGUUGCUGCGUCUGACAAAAUCGAACCAGCUCCUUCAGUCGCCUCGCCCUCCUCCAAGAGGAGUUUGGGACAGUACCUGUCCUCUUCAGCUCCAACCGUGCAGGCGUUUGUUGGGAACUACAUCGCUCCGCUUGUUCCCAAGUUCAGGACGGGAGAGUCCAAGAGUGCAACGCUGGAGGAGAAGAAGACCGAGGACGUGUCAGGAAAACAGGUUGAGGCCACGGUCAGUAAAGAGCAGGCGGCUGCAGAGGAGAAAGCCAAGAAACUUGUGCUUCAAAGGGAAAAGAUUAUUGCCAGGGUGAGUGUGGACAACCGAACCCGGGCUCUGGUUCAGGCUCUCCACCGGGCUUCAGACGUGAGGGUCUACAUCAGCAGGGUGGAGGACUUAAGUUACCACCUUCUGGAGUUCCCAGACACUUGUGGUGUUGCUGUAAAGGAGAAGGUCAUCCCCUGCCUCCUGCGUCUGAAGCAAGCCAACGACCCCGGCUUGAGGGCAGCUGUCAGAGAAGCUCUCGCAUUAGUCGGCUAUCAGGAACCUGUUCAAGGUCGAGGAAUACGGAUCUUAUCCAUAGAUGGAGGAGGUUUAAGGGGACUUCUUGCUCUUCAGACCUUACACAAGCUGGAAGCCCUGACUGGGAAACGCAUUUACCAACUGUUUGACUAUAUUUGUGGAGUCAGCACUGGUGCAGUCAUUGGGUUCAUGCUCGGCCUGUUCCAAAUUCCUGUAAAAGAGUGCGAUGAUCUUUACCGGAAGCUGAGUUCAGAUGUUUUUAAACAGAAUGUGAUCUUAGGCACCGUGAAGAUGGGCUGGAGACAUGCCUUCUAUGACAGCGAACCCUGGGAGAACAUCUUAAAGGAGAAAAUGGGCUCUAACCUCAUGGUGGAAACUACAAGAAACCCAAAAUGCCCUAAGGUGGCGGCAGUGAGCACCAUCGUGAACCGGGGUCUCCCUCUGAAGGCUUAUGUGUUCAGAAACUACAACCUGCUGCCUGGGGUGCGUUCGCACUACCUGGGCGGCUGCCACCAUCAGCUGUGGCAGGCCGUCCGGGCCACAUCAGCUGCACCCGGGUAUUUCCAGGAGUUCAGACUUGGAAAUGAUCUCCACCAGGAUGGAGGUUUGCUGAUGAACAACCCAACAGCACUUGCGAUCCAUGAGUGUAAGUGUUUGUGGCCCAACACACCCCUGGAGUGUGUGGUCUCGCUUGGAACGGGCCGCAUUGAAACUGCUGGCAAGAACAGCGCCACAUAUACCAGCCUCAGGACCAAACUUACCAACGUCAUCAGCAGCGCCACAGAUACAGAGGAGGUUCACGCUAUGCUCGACGCCUUCCUUCCCCCGGACACUUACUUCCGCUUCAACCCUUUCCUGAACGAAGACAUCUCCCUGGAUGAGAGUCGGCUGGAGAAGCUCAACCUGCUGCAGGCUGAGGGCGUCCGUUACCUGGAGAGGAAUGAGGAAAAGCUCAGCAAAGUCGCUCGCAUCCUCACUCAAGAAAAAAGCUCCAUCCAGAGGGUGACAGAGUGGGUCAGGCUUAAAGCUGACAUGUAUAACGGUCUAUCCUCCAAGCUAUAAAUCCAAGGAAAGUCCUGUUUUCUUGCCCAACUGCUUCCCCAGUUCCAAUUGUACCCAAAUAUUUCACUUUACCCCAUUUAAUGUGUCAAAGUUAAGAAUUUUUGACCAGUAGUUCUGAAACACAAUGUGUAAAUGCAUCCAGCAUGCAAAACACCUUCUUACUCCUCAACAACUCUUGGACCGAUAUUUGUAACAUUAAUGUGCCAACACGUUUGGCACUUCCUACAAAAGUAUUUUUUUCUCUGCCAGCUACUUUGGCAAAUAAAAUAUAUCUAAUUUUAGCCUACUUUCAAAAACCUCAUUUUAAAAAUGGCUUUUAAUUUUGAAAACCUCCCAAUAUAGGAAAUAAUAUCACCCGUGUUUGCAAAGACGUCCAGAGUAAUUGUUCAUAUUUUGGGGCGUUGUGCUUCUUUAGUUUGUGGCUACAGUUUUUCCAAAACAAAUUUUUUACUUGUUUCGAAAACAAAAUCCUUGGAAAGGUGGCACUGUUUUAAAAAUAGUCUUCAUCCACACAAAAACACCUAAAAUGACCCACAAUGUUGUUGUAACUAUGCCAGGCCUGCAAGUGGCGCUGUAACGCUGCCACAUACAAACAAACAAAAAAGUAUGGACCAUAAAGCUUGCAUGCUGGGUGCGCCAUUCAAACAUGACGAAAAGAAGAAGGCGUCGUCGACCUUGAAUUUCAUAUUUGAAUUAUUGUGUUUUUACUGUUUCUUCAAAACACAAAGGUGGUGUUAGAAGAUGUUCUUUAAAUUUGAAACCUCAUUAAGAAAAAAAAAAGAAAUACAGUUUGGGGGCUUCUAUAACACAUGACUAAAAUUAUGUAUAAAAAAACACAUUUUAGAACAAUAAAAAACAUAUUGCUAUGUGAACUGCCUCAAUUGACCCAACCCUUUUCACUCAUUUCUUGUUUUAAAAGCUAAAAGGGAAAAAAGCUGCUGGUUCCUUGCUACUAUGAGGCAUAUAGACAAGCUAAAUCUGGUCUUACUGUGGAAAAAAAACAGUUUAAAACAAUUAAAUUUUCAACUACAGAAACUUUUUGAGGCAGUUACAACUUUUCACAACUUGCAUUUUCUAAACAUCAGCUUUUUGUUAAUUAAAAGAAAAGACAGCUUAUAUUUAUGUACUCAUUCAAAAUUAUCUACAGUAUGAAGUUUUUGUUUGUAUUACUGAGUCAACCUUUAGCUAUCUGUAAAACUAAAAUGUUUUAAAUAUUUUCAAAUUGUGUAAUCCAGGUCACCUACAGCACAUGUAACAUUUCUCAGAUUUGCUCAUUUAAUUAUGCAGCUAUGGGUAAAUUGUAUAAUUUUUAUUGAAUUAAUAUUUAUCUCUAGAUGAGGACCCAUCAGGUGUUACAGUAUUACAUGUAAUUCUGAUACGAAUAGGAAACUAAAAAUGUUUGAAUCUCAAGUUUAUUGAACAAGAAUCAAACUAGAGUAGCUGUUAUAAUGUUGAUUUAUUGCUUUAGCUUAUUUAUUUUAAUUUUUUACGUUAAUUCUUUCCCCGAGUCUUCAGAUUAUCCUGUUUUUUCUUUUGAUGCCUUUUUCUCAGAAACCUCUCUCACCUUUCCUGCUUUCCUUUAAGUUGCCACUCUCCUGUACUGUAAUGUUUGUUGAAACGAUGCAGGUCAUAUCUGAAGAUUGUUUUAGCAUUGAUUUUUUUGUUGUUGUUGUUGAAGACUUGCCAAAAGAGUCUCCUAUUUGCUGCUAAAACCUGCACUGCAGAUGUCCGUUUCCAGGCCUAAUCAGGUCAAGUAGACUGUAGAACCGACACCAAGAUUUGCGAGUCACUCCCAGAGGGCCUGGAGUGGUGAAAUGGCUACAGAUACUGUAUCUCAUAGAUUUAUGUAAUUUCACUCUUCCCCUGUUGGUCCUAUGUAAAAAAAAAAAAGAGAUUGUAAUUAAAACACAUCUGAACUAUA